GCAAGAAAGAGGAAGUGACUCUAAACAGCCGCGGUCUAGGGGCCGGAGCGGAAUGGUCUGUGUCUAUCCUGGGAACAAUCCGUGUGUGUUAGUUACACUGUAGUGUUAGUAUUGCUGCUUAAAGGAACAGUAACAUCAAAACAUGAAAGUGAUUUAAAUGCAGGAGAUAAAAGGGAAACUCUGGACAUUUUAAUAAAACUGUGUUCUUCUCUGUCGUCACUCAUGUUGGGACACGUAUGUUCCUGAUCACGUGUCUGUGCUGCAGAUAUGGCAUGUAAACCUCAGAGAAAUCAAGGCGGAGUCAUAAGGACGUAUGGGCGAUUACGACCCCUUGAGAGGAUUCAGACACAAACCUGGUUUUCUCCAGUAAAUCAGAAGCACCUUUUUUCCAGCUCUUCCUCCUCUUCCCUUCUAUCAACUUCACAUGAACCUUCAUCUUCUUCUGACCCAGACUUCGCACCCCACAAAAAAAAGAGAGCUAAAGCUUGUCCAGUAAAGAAGGCUAAGGAGACGGCCUACAGAAGAGGAAAGAAAGGGCGGAGCAAUAUCCCUGCUGAUGUGGGGGAGAAAGAGAAUGGACCACCUUCUGAAAGGAACCCGGCUUCCUCACUCACUGUCUCAACGCCUUUUAGAAAGUUUGUGACUGUCCGACGUAAGGCGCCAACCCGCUGCAAUUCAGUAAAGCAUGGGAGGAGAACCCAGGCCCAGAAUAAGGUCCAGCACACUACAAUCUCUUCUGACUCUACCUGUGACUUUGAAUUGUCCCGCCCCUUCCUGAGAAAGAAGAGGAAGCUGUGUCCAGACAUUCGUAGUAUUCUGAACUCCCCCACAGAGAUAAGCCACAGCCCCCUCCAGAAAUCCCCCCUGCUCUCUAGCACCCCAUCUGUGCUCCUCAGGGCUGGCCCACGAGCAAGGGGAGCAGUUGGGAAGCAGCAGAUCCUGUGUGAGACUUUGGAAGAGAGCGUGGUGAGGAGCUGCCCUAAAGUUGAGGAUCCUCAGGUGUACGAGCAGCUGGAAACAUUCAACACAAGUGAAGAGGAUUAUGAACCAAUAAGAAGUCAGAAGAGCAGGAGGACCACCCGAGUACAACGUCUGAGAAGCGCCCAUUGUGCAAAGGAUACCAGAACUGGGCCAGACUUUAUAAGCUGCCAGUCAAACCAGAGAGGUGUCUCAUCCCACUAUGCAGAACCAAGGCCUCAUGGGAAGGGGGUGUCCCAGAGAUCAGAGUCCUGCCUCCUUCUUUCCUCUUUUGCCCCUGUCACGCUUUCUUCUUGUGCCUCCCAGUCUGUCAUCUGCCUGGAUGAGGAGCACCAUAAUGGAGUGCCCCAGGGGCCACGUGGCAACAGUCAAGUUUUGUACCUGAGCUCAGAACUCUUCUCCGAGGAUGAUGAUCACAGCAAGACUCCCAGCCAUAGUCGCACUUGGGAUUGUGUGGCUGAGACCAGUGAUCAGAUUCUGCAGGAGAUAACUUCCCAUGAGCCACCAUUGGUUUUGUCCUUGAUGGGUGCCCCUUUGGACAUAAGGUCCCUUAAAAGAAUGCAACCUUUUGUGAGAUUAAAUGCUGACUCUGUGAUGCAAUAUUUCCAAAGCCGCAACGGACCUUCUGUUUCUUUGUUGACAAAUACUCAAGCAGAGAAUCAUAUUGCAGUGCCAAAGUACCAGGCAUUCAAUCAUACAGUGGUGCCACCGAGCAAGGAUGGGGAUCAUGUGACCAGCUCUCCGUGCCACACCAAUAAGGGUGCAAGGAGCCAGGAGCACAGUGCCCGCUCAUGGCAUGAAAUGCAGCCAAACUCUGCAACAAAAUGUUUCCUUCAAAGUGGAAGUGUGACACCGAGUAUCCAGGACGGAGAGAACCUUCCCACUGAUCCUCUACUAACUCAGCAGCACCAGGGGAACAGUCUUGAUAACUAUAAGCCUACAACUCACCAGGGCAGCUCCCACCCCCCUACACAUUCUUCUCUUUGUCACAUGCACAUGGUGGUGCACCUCGACCCAAACUCAGUGACAAAGUACUUACUGCAGAGAAGCACCCUGCCCUUGGAUCCCCCGCAUGAGGGCAACCUACCCACUCCUUGUCCCAGUGACGGGCAAUUACCCAAGAGGAGGAAUAUCUCCCCUUUAUUAGAAUCAAUAACCAAAACUCCAAAUCUUGCAGAAAGUCGCACUGAGAGAAAAGUUCAGAGCUGCAGCACCCGGGCUCAGGCGUCUGUGGGGACUGGGAGGAAAGUCUGUAUUAGCGGUUUCAGUGCCAAAAGGUGGGGAAGUCGCCUUAAGAAAACAAGGACACAGCAACAACUCUUCCAAGACAGCGAGUUGUCUUUACGCGCAUUUAAGGAGCUGGACCCCUCAAUGGCUGCUGCACAGUCUCCAUGCUCUCUCCUCCUUUCUUCUUCUCUGUGGAAUUCCUCCUUCAUGAACUCCUCAGCUUUAAUGAACAUGAGUCUGUCUCCAGGAACCUCAGGCCCAAGGGACCCCCAGAGGGAACGUGGACAUUGGCUGCGGCUGAGAGCUGCUCUGUCCCUGCACCGCAAGAAGAAAGUACAAGCCACUGACCCAUGGAUUCGCCCUGCUGAUAGAAGCCUUGCUCUUCAGUCACCACCAAGUGUCAAUGUCUCUUUGGCUUCACAGACCUCAUCUCUGCUUCUUCUCUCCUCACGGUGCUUGUCUGCCUGUGCCGAUGAUCUUAGCGAUGCAGAGAAGGUGUUCCUGGAAUGUCAGCAGGACGGGCCAAUCUCUUUUAGCAGCUGUCUGACCCAAGCCCAACUUGCCCUUAGCCAGAAGAUUGGAGAGGGGGCGUAUGGAGAAGUCUUCAGGACAUGUAGAGGGGAGCAGCAGGUGGCCCUUAAGGUCAUCCCCAUCGAGGGCAAUCACAGGGUUAAUGGGGAGGAGCAGAAAUGUUUCUCCGAAAUUCUUCCAGAAAUUAUCAUCUCUAAAGAGCUGAGUUUGCUGAAUGAAGGGGAAGAGAAUCAAACCAGUGGCUUUAUCAGGCUACACUCGGCCCAUUGUGUGAAGGGCUGCUACCCCCCAGAGCUACUUCAUGCAUGGGACCAUUUUGCUGAUGAAAAGGGGACAGAGAAUGAGAGGCCUGACAUGUUCAACUCCGAGCAGCUUUUUAUGAUUCUGGAAUUUGAAUUUGGAGGAACUGAUCUGGAAAACUGCCAGCUCCCCUCGGUGGUGGUAUCACGCAGUAUAUUGCAUCAGGUGACUGCGGCAUUGGCUGUUGCUGAAGAGGAGCUGAGAUUCGAACAUCGAGAUCUGCACUGGGGCAAUUUGCUAAUAGAGAAGUGUCCGUCUCCGAGUGUAACUGCCUCUCUGCACGGAGAUACAAUCACCAUCCCCACAUGUGGGGUGCAAGUGAAAAUUAUCGACUACACACUGUCUCGCCUUGAUAAAGACGGACUCACAGUGUUUUGUGACCUCUCUGCUGAUGAGGAGCUCUUUAUUGGCCACGGAGAUCUGCAGUUUGACAUUUAUAGGGCAAUGAGAGAGGAAAACAAGAACGUCUGGUCAUCCUAUGUGCCGCACUCUAACAUUCUGUGGUUGCAUUACCUGGCAGACAAGCUGAUCUCUGCUGUGCGUUACAACAAAAAGCCAAGCUCUGCUCUUCAGCGCCGGGAGCUUCGGAAGCUGCAGGACUUCCGCAGAGAGAUCCGUAAAUUUGGCUCUGCCACAGAGGUUUUGCGCAGCAAGCUGUUCCAGUAGUGACCAAUAGGGAUCAUUCUGGUGUGAGUCCUGCACGGGCCAUGUGCUAUGGGAUGGGAAGGAGCAGCCAGAUGAUUGGCUACAUUGGACCAUUGUCCUGGUGCUGCUGGGAAAUCUCGUCUGUCUCUUCUUGUGUUGAAUGACCCCCAUGAAUUCCAUUUGCUUUUAUCCAUUCCCUUUUUUUUGGGACCCUUACAAUAAGCAUGUGUUGUUUCCGUCUUUUACUCCGCGCCUCUUUAUAGAGAGGCUCAUGUAUUUUUUUAUUUUUUCUAUUUAUAUAGAAUAAGGAAUUGGCUUAAAGGGCACAUAUACCCACCCUUAUAGCUGAAUGUAAAAUUGACAAAAUCCCAGACAGAACUGCAGGGGGCAUGUCUCCCACAUGCAUGAUAACAGCAGAGAAAAACUACUAAUAUCAGGUCAGUUGAAUGAAAAAUUAUACAUUACACUGUGAGUAAUAUGGGUGGCUGUAUCUGCCCUUUAAUAUCCGAACAGUAAACGUAGAAAAGACUUAAUAAAAACCAAUUGAAACUAUUGCCGGGUACUGACCCCCUUUAAUGAUGCACAUUACAUAGUCUGCACUUACAGUUGGGUCGCAUCCUCCAUGGGUGUUUCAGUAAUUACAGGGCACUAUCAUGUCAUGAAAACUCAGUGUAUUGUGGGAAAUUGAAAAUAAAGUAGUCGUGCAAUUCGUUCUCAUUUAAAAAAAGUUAAAUGUAUGUUUGAGAAUAAAUUACAGACUAAAGUCUGCUCCCACCCUU